CGUUGCACCCGGAUGUGUCUGCCGGUCCUGAGAGCGAGCUCUGGAAAGUGAGGGGCUGCUCACGUGGAGCAGAGGCCGUAGGCGCGGACGCAGGGGUGAGAGGGUGUCAGACUCGGUGUCUAGAGCCUGCGGCUGGCGUGUAAAGACCACCCGUUGGGUUUUGAGUGGGGGCCAAGAUCAAUGUGGCUGUUUGUCUGUGGAAAGAAUCCUGGUGCCGUGUGCCGGAGCCAGCGUGUGGGGGAGCCCCUCCAAUGGUGCCUCACAGGGAGUAGGAGUCUUGAAGGCACAGCAACGGCAGUGGGAAUAUGAAUCUCUUACCUAAAAGCUCCAAGGAGUUUGGCUCCGUUGACUACUGGGAAAAGUUCUUCCAACAGCGAGGAAAGAAGGCUUUCGAGUGGUAUGGAACCUACCUGGAGCUGUGCGGGGUGCUACACAAAUACAUCAAGCCCAAGGAAAAGGUGCUCGUGAUUGGGUGCGGUAACUCAGAGCUCAGCGAGCAGCUGUAUGAUGUGGGCUAUCAGGAUAUAGUGAACAUUGACAUUAGUGAGGUCGUCAUAAAGCAGAUGAGGGAACGCAAUGCCAGCCGGCGGCCCCACAUGAGCUUCUUGAAGAUGGACAUGACACAGAUGGACUUUCCCGAUGCCUCAUUCCAGGUCGUGUUGGACAAGGGUACCCUGGAUGCUGUCUUGACGGAUGAGGAGGAGAAGACCCUGCAACAGGUGGACAGGAUGCUGGCUGAGGUUGGCCGUGUCCUGCAGGUGGGCGGUCGCUACCUCUGCGUCUCCCUGGCUCAGGCUCACGUUCUGAAGAAAGCAGUGGGUCACUUCUCUCGGGAGGGGUGGAUGGUGAGGGUUCACCAGGUGACGAACAGCCAGGACCAGGUGUUGGAAGCAGAGCCUCGGUUCUCCCUGCCUGUCUUUACCUUCAUCAUGACCAAGUUCAGGCCAGUCCCUGGCUCUGCCCUUCAGAUCUUUGAGCUGUGUGCUCAGGAGCAGGGCAGGCCCGUGCGGCUGGAGAGUGCCGAGCGGCUGGCCGAGGCAGUGUGGGAGCGGCAGCAGUAUGCCUGGCUGUGCGGCCAGUUGUACCGCAAGGCUGGGCUGGGGAGUGUGUCUCUGGACUUGUGCAAUGGGGACACGGGGGAGCCACGCUACACCCUCCACGUGGUGGACAGCCCCACUGUGAAACCAUCGCGGGACAAUCAUUUUGCCAUUUUCAUCAUCCCCCAGGGUCGAGAGACUGAGUGGCUCUUUGGCAUGGAGGAUGGUCGGAAGCAACUGGCUGCCAGCGCAGGCUUCAGGAGGCUGAUCACAGUGGCCCUUCACCGAGGUCAGCAGUACGAAGGCAUGGACAGCAUCCAGGCCGAGCUGUCAGCCAGAGUCAUGGAACUGGCCCCGGCUGAGAUGCCCACCCAGCAGCAGGCUUUGGGGUUGCUGUCCAUCAGCGAGAUCCAGAUCCUGUGGGCAGGUUCAUUUGUGACCAUCUCACCCUCGUCUACAUCUCUGCACAGUCAGGAGUCCCUAGUGGUGCCCUUUCUGUCCGUGGGUGGGGACAUUGGGGUCCGGACUGUUCAGCACCAAGACUGCAGCCCUUUGAGUGGUGACUACGUCAUUGAGGACGUGCAGGGGGACGACAAGCGCUACUUUCGGCGGCUGAUCUUCCUCAGCAACAGGAACGUGGUGCAGUCAGAAGCCAGGCUGCUGAAGGAUGUGUCUCACAGAGCCCAGAAGAAACGAAAAAAGGACAGAAAGAAGCAGCGGCCUGCUACUCCUCCAGAGGACCUCCCUGCAGCGCCAGGGCAGUCCAUUGAUAAGAGUUACCUGUGCUGUGAACACCACAAAGCCAUGAUUGCCGGCCUCGCCCUGCUGAGAAACCCGGAGCUGCUCCUUGAGACACCACUGGCAUUGUUGGUGGUAGGCCUGGGUGGGGGCAGCCUCCCCCUCUUUGUCCAUGAUCAUUUCCCAAAGUCCUGCAUUGAUGCUGUGGAGAUCGACCCCUCUAUGUUGGAAGUGGCCACUCAGUGGUUUGGCUUCUCCCAAAGCAACCGGAUGAAGGUCCACAUUGCAGAUGGCUUGGACUAUAUUACCAGCCUGGCAGGAAGAGAAGUGCGGCCUCACUACGAUGUCAUAAUGUUUGAUGUGGACAGUAAGGACCCAGGGCUGGGCAUGAGUUGUCCACCCCCAGCGUUUGUGGACCAGAUUUUCCUGCAGAAGGUCAAAAGCAUCUUGGCUUCUGAAGGUGUUUUUAUCCUCAACCUCGUAUGCCGAGACAUGGGGCUGAAGGACUUGGUGCUGGCGGGGCUCAAGGCAGUGUUCCCCCUCCUCUAUGUCCGCCAAAUAGAAGGUGAAGUAAACGAGAUCCUGUUCUGUCAGCUGCAUCCUGAGCAGCAGCUUGGCACACCAGAGCUUGUGGAAGUAGCCCAGGCCUUGGAGCAGACCCUGAGGAAGCCAGGGAGGGGUUGGGAUGACACGUACGUCCUGUCAGAUAUGCUCAAGACUGUGAAGAUUGUGUGAUCGCUGAGGCCAGGCAGCCCUCUUGGCUUUCGACGAGACUGGCCUUGGGCUCCUUCCUGGUCUGCUAGAGAUCAUAGAACUAUAAUGCACAGUACUUCUUAAACUUCCUGUUUUUCUUGGUUUCAUACUCAGCUCCCUGCGACCUCAAGCUUGGGUUGAGUCCCCUUUGCUCCCUGCCCUGGAUUGUGGCGUUGAGUAGACCUGAUGCCUUCACGAGCACACGCUGAGCUCCUAAGGACUGAAGACAAUCAAAUGUGGUGCUGGUUUGCUUUUGCUUUAUCUUGUUGGCUCUUUAGGAAUGAUCUCAGGUGAGGGAGCAGAGCAUUCUGUGCCAGCACACCAAACAGAGUAGGCUCUCCAUAGGCGCGAGGUGAUUUGAAAGAACACCUGCCAUCUUCCACCAAAUGGAACUGCCGAGGACCUGGUCCCCUGUUUUCAGGAUCUGCGAACCCACUCCAGCGUUUAACAGCUCUCCUCACUUUCCCGAACCUCGCCGAAACCAUGUGUUUUGUUCUCGCUGGAGGGAGUGGAUAUAAUUGGCCCAUGUAUGCCAGCCUAGCAGACUGAAGUCUCUGGUAUUGGUUUACUCAUACUUACUGAGUGCCAGCUACAUGCAGAUCUGGUGUAAAGAGCUGUGGUCUAAGAACAGUUGCCUGAGAAUGGCCAGAAGCAUGGACUGGCAAUAAAAAUGCAUACUUUCCAGGAGCUUUCCUAAGUGAUUUACCUACACUGUCUCAUUUAAUCUGACUGAAGAACAGUUAAACCAAACCUACAUCUAACCCAAAUCUCACUUGAGUUGGAAGCAUCAAUCUUACCUGUUAUUGAAACUGUUAAACCAGCAGUUCUGAGACUGACUUGAGUUUCAUCUCUCCUAAUCACACCAAGGCUGACUUAAUGAGCGGUGCUGUGGAAAAUAGGCAUUGUUCCCAGUCACCACCUUGGCUUCUCUUCCCACAGUCCCUUCACAAUGGACUGGAACCUCUGGUGGUGAAACAUAUUUUAGGUUGUCAUCCUUAACAGAAUUGCAUCAGCCCAUUGAGAAGGGCUUGAGUACAGUGUUGGUUUUGGAUCUUUUCCACUAGAAAUGCAUGGUGUUCUUUAGGGGAGGGUCUUCCCCUCGAGUCACAUGAAGAGGCUAUGUCCCUCCAAGGCCCUGCACCCCAAGGGGCCUCAGCUUGGGAAUCCCCACUGUUUUCCAAUCUGUGAACUCAUGCAGUGUCAGGAUAGGUUAUGGAGGCAGAGGGGUAAGUCAGACAAUCUAGUCUGACUGCCCUUUGCUCAGAUCACCAUCUCGUGCUGUGCACAGUUCAGAGCAGAACACUUGAGUGGCACAGCCACACUAGGGAAUUACUAGAAUGAUGACAAGAUCUCAGCUGUAUCUUAGGAAGAGUUGUCCAAGGAAUUAGGGAGGUUCACCAGCGAGAAGCCUUUGGAAGUGGGAAGAGCACUCGGGUGGUGAUAAUUAUCUUAAAAAUUUUGAGAAACUGGGUGUGAAAGCACAGAUAUGUGUGCCUCUAGUGGCCGCAGAAAUUCCAUUGGCAGCUUUCAGCUUAAUUUCCUACAAAGAGAUUUGUACUAACAGAGACCUUUAUGUUCACGAGAACAUGUGGUGACUCAGGCUGUUGACUCAGACGCUAGUCUGACUCCCCUCAGUGUGCUCACUGAGCUGUGAGGAAAUGCUUUUGGGUGCACAGCAAGCCAUUGGCCUGUAUCCCAUCUUUCCCACUUGAGCUUUUUUGGGGUUAAGGGGCAUUUCUAUUUUAUUUUUUUAUUGAGGUAUAAUUGACAUACAACAUACUAGUUUCAGGUGUACAAUGAAAUGAUAUUUUUAUAUAUUGCAAAACAGCCACUACAGUAAGUCUAGUUAACAUCCAAAAGCUAUUCACUUUUGCACUGAUGACAGGCAAAUAGGUCUUCAUGAGAAUUUUGCCUAACUUUUUAGGCAUGUGAUUUCUGGAAGAGGGGAAGCUUGUAAACUCCAAUUCUUUCCUGACUAGACAAGUAACUUAACUGUGUGCAGUGGGCCAGGUGUGAAAUAGGCUAGGCUGACAUGCGACUACUCAGAGAACAGAUGCCCUCUGGAAAGGCAGCAGCUGAGAGUCAUCAUGCAGGACGGCUGUCCCAGGAGAGCUAGAUCUUUCCAGAGAAGCCAGAAAUCCGGAAUGUAUGUGUAUGUGUGUGAAUAUUAAAGUGUAGGCUAAUCAGAACACAUCUUCAAGCCAUAUUCAACCUGUGGGCCAGUAAUUUGCUCUUCCACUACAGGGGACAGCCUGCAGAGCAUUUGAGAGUCAGGCAUACUCUGAGUGAGCAGCCUGGUGACUACCGGUCAUAGAAGUCUAUUCAGGUGUCAUCUUGUGUCAUGCCCUACUGUCCUUGGGAUAGUGUACAGUCUAACUUCAAGGGCUAACAAAGAACUGAAUGAGAAUAAACCGCAUGACAGAUCUCCCCUGUAACCACCUUCUGCAGCAAGGAAAACGCAGUGAGGCUGGCUAUUGCCCCUUCUCCCCGUUCCUCCCCCUACACACCAUUUUUUCAGUGUGUGUCUCUAGUCUUGCAUCUUGACUCAGCUUGCUAACUGGGCCACUUCUUGAGUCCACGUUCUCAUGGAUAAACCAGUAGUUCUCAGCUGCACAUUGGAGUUAUCUAAUGUGGUAAGCAGAAUAAUGGUCCCCAAAGAUGUCCAUGUCCCAAUCCCAGCAACCUGUGAAUAGGUUACAUUACGUGGCAAAGGGAAAUUAAUGUAGCAGAUGGAUUUGAUGUUGCACAUAGGCUAACUUUAGGGAGAUCAUCCUAAAUUAUUCAGGUGGGCCCCGCAUAACCUUUAAAUGUGGGAAAGGUAGGCAGAAAAGUCCAUCAGUAAUAUCCGAGAAAGACUCAUCAUUUCCGGUCUUGAAGAUGAACUCAGCCUCUAGAAGCUGGAGAAGGUAAGAAAGUCAACUCUCCCCUAGAGCCUCCAGUAAGGAGUGUAAAUCUGCCAACACCUUAAUUUUAGCCCAGUGAGACCCAUUUUGGAUGUCUGCACUAUAGACCUAUAAGACAAUAAAUUUGUGUUAUUUUAAGCCACUAAGUUUAUAGUAAGCUGUUACAGCAGCAAUAGGAAACUAAUACACCUGGACAUUUUUUUUUUCUUUCUGUGAUGAGAACUUUUUAAGAUCUACUCUUUUAGUAACUUUCAAAUACCCAAUACAGUAUUGUUAACUAUAGUCAUGUUAUUACACAUUACAGCCCCAUGACUUUAUUUUAUAACUGGAAAUUUGUACCUUUUGACCUUCACCCAUUGCACCCACUUCCCCACCCCCUGCCUCUGGUAACCACUAGUCUGUCCUCUGUGAGCUUGGCUUUUUAAAAUAAAUUCACAUAUAAAUGAAAUCAUACAAUAUUUGUCUUUCUCUGCCUGACUUACUUAGCAUAAUACCUUCAUGUUCCAUCUCUGUUGUUGCAAAUGGCAAGAUUUCGUUCUUUUUUGUGGCUAAAUUGUAUAUAUAUCCACAUUUUCUUCACCCAUUAUGGACUUAGUUGUUUCCAUACCUUGGCUAUUGUAAAUAAAUGCUUCAGUGAA